CACAUGUGCAGAUUCAUCCACCCUCAGCAGUGAUGUAGCCUGCCGUAUACACUGUAACCUUGGGAAGUAAGACUCAUCAGUAUACACUUUUUAUCUUUCGGUUUCAUGAAAGACGAGAGACCGUGUCUCGUUAUAUUCUUAUGCAUUGACUCAUCUUGAGUCAUUUCUGAUUUAUAUAUAUUUAUUGUCCUUUUUGGUUUUAUUAUAAAAUUUUAAAUGUCUACUGGAUUAGAAGAAAUGGAUAUGAAGUCUAUUUUAGCCGGAGGUCGAAAUGUUUUGUGCUUGUUUGACGUGGACGGAACGCUGACAAACCCGAGAGAGAAGAUCGACCCUGAGCUGGACCAGUUCUUCCAGACCUUGAGAAAGAAGGUGAAGAUCGGCGUGGUGGGUGGAUCAGAUUAUUCCAAAAUCGCAGAACAGCUCGGAGAAGGAGAUGAAGUCAUACACAAGUUUGACUACAUCUUCGCAGAAAAUGGAACCGUGCAAUACAAAGAGGGCAAACUCAUCUCCAAACAGGCCAUUCAGAAUCAUCUGGGCGAGGAGUUACUGCAGGACCUCAUCAACUUCUGUCUCAGCUACAUGGGGCUCAUCAAGCUGCCCAAGAAACGAGGGACGUUCAUUGAGUUUCGUAAUGGCAUGAUCAACAUCUCGCCCAUCGGACGCAGCUGCACGCUAGAAGAGCGACUCGAGUUCUCUGAGAUCGACAAGAGAGAGAAGAUACGAGAGAAGUUUGUGGCGGCUCUGCAAGAAGAGUUUGCAGGAAAAGGUCUGCGGUUCACCAGAGGGGGUUUGAUAAGUUUCGACAUCUUCCCGGAGGGCUGGGACAAACGCCUCUGUCUGGACGUCCUGGAGCAGGAAGGAUGGGACACCAUCUUCUUUUUCGGCAAUGAAACUUCAUUGGGUGGAAAUGACUACGAGAUCUUCGAGGACCCUCGUACCAUCGGUUUCACCGUCCGCUCCCCUGAAGACACAGCGAGGCUCUGCAGGGAGAUGUUCUUCAGCGCUCCGCCCAAUGAGUCGUGACACUGGACAACUGACUCCUGCGCCCACUGCUGGUCACGGUGGGCAAACACAUGCAGAUCCACCCAAACCACACCUCUGCUGAUCUGCAGACCGAAGGGACUGCACCGAAACAGCUCUGACAGGGCCCCAUCGGAUUUAAUGUUCAAAUAUUACUUGUACAUAGAAAGAUUUCCUCUCGUUUCAUAGUAAAAAAAAGUGUUUUACUGUGGCCACGUUCACACUGCAACAUUUCCGGAGUGACAGCUGUGUUUAAAGUACAGCGAAUCCUCUGAAUGAUGAAAGAAUACAGGACUGCUUGACAUCUCAAAGCUUUUAACCAGGUGCUUUAAUGGUGCUUUACAUAUUUAAAGGAAUUAAGCGAUUUAAAGGCAUAUAAGAGAUUAAUGAAAAUUUAGAUUUACAAUAUAUUGUAAAAUAAUGCAUUUAAAAUGCAUUUUAAUUUAAAAUGUUCUGACAUCCUCUCAACAGAACUGCUUGUUUAGUCAUAUGGGCUAUUACAAAACACAUUAUGAUUUCUUCAAAACGGUGAAAUCUGACAAAACGUUGAGUAGUUUGAAUACGUGCUUAUUACUGUCGGUCAUUUAGCAUUUCUGUCCAACAGUUGACUGAUAUUAAUGUUUAGCCAUAGCCUACAUCUUAAGCCAUUUUCAGCCGUUAAAACGAUAAAGUCCGCCUCCUUUGAUUUGAUUGGCCAUCUCAAUCAUUUGAGUGUUAAUAAGCAGAUCAACACAAAAACACUUGUCAUCCUAAUAAUAAACAUAGCAAUAGAGAGCAGCUGAGCAGCAGAAUAUCGGAGAUAAAUUUGUCAUUAUCUGAUCAUGAUGAAUCAGAUGUGUCUGGUUAAUUGCAGUCCUGUUGUGUGAGAUACUGAAGACAUGCACCAGUUUCUGUGGUUUUCUAGCACCUCAGAUAAUCCAGCGUUGUCCGAAACAGUAAUGCGUUUAGAUUUUAUAUAAAUGCUGCUGUCUGAGUGAAUUAUUCAGGGGUCACUCAGGACGUCGAGUUGUCUCCAGAUAUUUAUCAUGCUAGACAUUGAUUCAUCGGUGAGCCUCUUUGAUGCAGUAGUUCACACAUGAAGACUGAUGAACACUGAUCACCCGCUAGUUUUCUGUGAGUGACCUAAUAACUGGCUGUAAUCCUGUAGUGUGAACG